ACCGUUUAAAACCCCAUCGGCCCCCUAGCGUCAAUGUUCAAAUUUCAAACCAGACAGGGUAGACAAAUCUUCUCCGACUUUUAAAGAAGUAACGUUAGUUCCAGACUUCUAGUUGACUUUAGUUACAAAGAGACCUUACUCGAAUACUUCGCUGCAAAUAAUUCACGUUAUAAAUGGAGACCAAGCAACCGUUGAGGGACUUGCAAAACGUGACUAAACCUAUGACCACUGCUCCCUUAGCAAAACCGGAUGUUAAGCUUGAAAAUGAAAGAUCAAAACCUAAGUGGACAUUGGAAAAUUUUGAGAUUGGCCGUCCAUUGGGAAAGGGAAAAUUUGGAAAUGUUUAUCUAGCUAGAGAGAGAAAAUCAAAAUUUGUGGUAGCCCUUAAAGUCCUAUUCAAGUCACAGCUCCAAAAGAGUCACCUUGAACAUCAGCUUCGGAGAGAAAUUGAGAUUCAAUCACAUUUGAGGCAUCCCAACAUUUUAAGGAUGUAUGGUUACUUUUUUGAUGAAACCAGAGUCUAUUUGAUUUUAGAAUAUGCAUCAAAGGGUGAAAUGUAUAAAUUUUUGAUGGCCCAGCCUUUGCAGCGCUUUGAAGAACCAAGUGUGGCAAACUACAUGGCUCAGUUGGCUGAUGCUUUGAUGUACUGUCAUGCACGAAAAGUAAUCCAUCGCGAUAUUAAACCUGAGAACCUCCUGAUAGGAGCAAACGGAGAUGUAAAAAUUGCAGACUUUGGUUGGUCUGUUCAUGCUCCAUCUUCACGACGCACUACUAUGUGCGGAACACUUGACUACUUGGCCCCGGAAAUGGUUGAAGGCAGAUCUCAUGACGAAAGAGUUGAUUUGUGGACUUUGGGGAUCUUGUGCUACGAGUUUCUUGUGGGAAAGCCACCCUUUGAGGAGGAGAAAACCGAUUUGACUUACAAAAGAAUAUGCAGCGUGGAUUUGCGAUUUCCUCAGCAUGUGACAAAUGGCGCCCGUGACAUCAUCAGUAAAUUGCUGAAAUAUCAACCCGAGGAUCGCCUGGAUUUGAAGAGCAUUCUUCAUCAUGAAUGGGUGCAGCAGCAUUUGACAUCGGAAGUUCGCUCAAAAUUGCCUUACUUCCAGUUACAAGACCCAAUUCAAUCCGAAGUGUAAUUAUUUAUUAAUUGAAUGCAGUUUAUUUGAUUUUAUUCUUCUGCUGUCCUAUCAUGUAGUAGAUUUCUUCAUUAUAUUCCCUGUUGUAUCAUAAUUUUAUCAAAUUUCUAAUCUGUGUGAUCUUUCGACAUAGGAAAAUAAAAUAGACGUAUAAAUUUCA